AUGGGUUCAUGCUCUCUGUUGUUGUGUAUGUUGGGGUUAACGAUUGUGAUUGUCGGUGAUGUAGUUUAUGGUCAAGACUCAAUACAAGACCUCCUUAAUGCUCACAAUUCUGCAAGAUCAGCGGUUGGAGUUCCAAAUUUGGUUUGGGAUGAUGUUGUUGCAAGCUAUGCUGAAAGAUAUGCAAAUGAGCGUAGAGAUUGUCAAUUGAUCCAUUCAUCAGGUGGGCCCUAUGGAGAGAACAUUGCAAUGGGUUGGGGAGGUUAUAUUGUUUCAGGCACUGAUGCUGUGAGAUUGUGGGUAAAUGAGAAGCCAUAUUAUGAUUAUAAUUUUAACACUUGUGUUGGUGGUGUGGAUUGUCUUCACUAUACUCAAAUUGUUUGGAGAAAUUCAUUGCGCGUUGGAUGUGCCAAAGUAACUUGUAAUAACGGGGGUGUUUUUGUUACAUGUAAUUAUGAUCCUCCCGGUAACAUUAUUGGGGAGAGACCUUACUAAGAGGUAUUAUUGUUGUUAAUUGGCUGUUUAUGUAUAAUAAGGCAAGAUCCAAUGAUCCAUAUACAUAUAUAUAAGCCCAGUUCUACUGUGGUUAUGGUUUGGAUGACUAUUGUGGUUAUGAUUUUUUCUACAAAUUAGUA